AUUAACUUCAAAGCCAAGGUCAGGCAAUCAUGGACGUGUUUCAACUUGUCGGUCUUGCCUCUCUUCUGGUAGGCUGUUGGUGGUUGUACCAUAAUGUGUGGAUAUUCGUAUGUACGAACUCCGCAAAUCAUGAGGCUGCACUAAUGUAGACCACAGCCAUCGCGCCAUUGUCACGGUGAAGACAGGGGAUGUGGCCGGAUAAAGAUGCUCCCAUCAAACUGGAAGCUCCCUUUUGGUAUUGACAAACUGGCCAAUGCUCUCGAGGCCGACCGAAACUGCAGGCUCCCAGUACUAUCCCUCGAAGAUCACGAACGAUAUGGCGAUACCUACGGACAAUACGGCGGCGGACUGUUUACGAUCCUAACCAGAGAUGCGCGGAACAUCUCUUCGUUAUUGUCGGAACAGUUCCCUAAAUUUGGCUAUGGACAUCUACGAAAACUCUGCUUCGGGCCUCUACUCGGCGAGGGUAUCUUUACUGAAGACGGAGAGGCGUGGAGUGCUUCUAGACGAUUACUGGCCUCACAGUUACAUAAGCCACACUAUCCAGCCUUGCAUGCUUUCGAGCCUCAUUUUCAAGAUUUACUACGGAGCAUCGUGUCGAAUCAGGACGCGUCUUCAAGCAUAAAUUUGCGGCCCCUUUUUUACGAUUACACUCUCGACACUGCGACCGACCUGUUCCUCGGAAACUCCACGAAUAUUCUCAGUCUGCCAUCCAAUACGAAUAAUGAAGGCACGCGCUUUUCGAAGGCCUUUAACGAGGCCAUGCAGUGGCUGGCGACAAGAGAACGCUUCAAAAUGUUUGCGUGGCUCGUCACAACACCAGGAUUGCUGAGGUCAUGCAGUACCGCUCGUGACUCUUUGGAAACUAUGAUCAUAGACGCCCAGCGGUUAGAGACGCGAUCCGGUCACUCGACUUUCACUGACUUCUUGGGAAAGGCGACUGAUAUGGGCAAAGCGAGGGACGAGCUUAUGAACCUCCUUUUCGCUGCUCGUGACUCUAAUGCGAGCCUCCUUUGCUGGUUGGUCUACGCGCUGGCGCGAGAACCCGCGGUACUCGAAAAGAUCCAACAGGAAGUUCUUUCACUCCUUGGCACAGACUCGGAUGUACUGCCUACAAAUUCCGAUUUGAUGAACAUGCGGUACUUAGACGAUGUUAUACACGAAACACUCCGUCUAUUCCCAGUCGCGCCAAUCAACGGUCGAUUGUGCCGCGAAACAACUACUCUUCCUUCUGGUGGCGGAGAUUCUGGCGAAGAACCUAUUCUAGUACCUAAAGGUGCCCUGGUCUGCUUUUCGACGUAUGCCUGUCAACGAUCGACGAAGUAUUACGGGGAUGAUGCGAUGAAGUUUCGACCAGAGCGGUGGCAAGAAAUCAGCAUAACGUCUCGAACUAAGGACUUUACAUUCCACCCUUUCAUAGGAGGCCCGCGCAAGUGCCUUGGAGAACGCUUCGCAUUGAAGCUGGCCAAGUACACGAUUUGCCGCUUAGUUCAAUGCCUGAGUACAAUCACGGUCGAUGUCCCUGGGUCUAAAGCUGGCUCCGAUUGGCAGGAACAAAUCCAGUACCAGAUCGGUCUUACCAUGUCCCCGGAUGAUGGUGUGUUUGUAAGAGUGGCAUCAAAAUAAUUGAGACGGAUGGUUGGUAAUAAGAGGAGUUGAAAAGAUUCUCGACUGCAGUCAGAUACAUGUGGCUUUCCAGUGACGAAUGAGCUGCCUAGCGGUGCUGGCCUCCGGCGUUGGAUUGGCGUUCAUGGCUCCGAUAUACGCACGGGUUGGUAGUCUCCUUGGACGACUAUUUUC